UUUAAAUGAUUGUUCAAAGAAGCGAGUAUAGUCAAACCAAAACAAACUGCAGACAACACACAUGACGGUGAUGCUCAACAAAAUAAAUCUUGUUUGUUUAUGUCAUCAGUGUAGAUCGAUAAUGAAAUGGCUGAAGCUAGUACUACAUCCAAAAUGUUAAAACCAGACGAAUCUGUGGACUGGUGUUAUAGCAUGAGAAGGGAUAUGCAGGAGAUAAUAUCAGGGUUGUUUUUGGGUCCAUAUGCAUCAGCUAUGAAAGCUAAGCUGUCCUGUCUACUAGACCGUGGUAUCACCCACAUUGUGUGUAUACGACAGAGUAUCGAGUCCCAUUUCAUCAGACCCAACUUCCCCGAUACCUUUAGGUACUUGGUUUUGGACAUAGCUGAUACCUUCACAGAGAAUAUUAUAAGGUACUUCUCACAGUUCCGAGACUUCAUUGAUGAAUGUUUUCAACGUGGAGGACGGGUGCUAGUUCACGGUAAUGGAGGAAUCUCACGAAGUGCUUCAUUGGUGAUUGCUUAUGUUAUGGAAAAGUUUGGCUUGUCAUACAGAAAUGCCUCAGCUUACGUUCAGCAAAGAAGGUUUUGCAUCAAUCCAAAUGAACACUUCUGUCAGCAGCUCAAGGUAUCACGGAGUUUGAAGCUCUCAGUGAUGCAAGACGGAUCAUAUCCUGUGACCAGGGACCACACAAAGGAUCAUUGAAGCGAAAAUAUGAAAAUGACACAGAGGAAGAUUUACACAUGGAUGAAGAAAUGAGCUGACAACUGUUCAAAUUUUAGAACUUUAGCUUUAAGACAAUUUGAAUCAAUUAACUACUAAUUGUGAUUAUGUUUCAGAUUACCAAAUGUGUGGAGUGACUGUAAAGCCAUAAGAUCAAUUGUAAUUGAUUUAAAUUUUUACAUCUUAGAUCUAGUAUUUUUAAGAGUGUUCUUAUUUCACAACAUUUGUUAUUUUUGGUAAAGAAUGAAAGUCUUGUUGUGAUUUCAAAGUUUGAAGUGUAAUUUAAUUUCUUUCGUUGAUUUAUGUUCUAUGACCAUGGCCAAAUUUUUAAUAACAGAGAAAACAAAAGUACAUGUAAUUGUAUCUCCAAACUCAGCUUGAUCUCAUGAUUUUGCUUUGAAUGUUUCUGUUGUUGUUGUUUGAUUUCAUGUUUAAUGAGUAUUGUACUAAUUGUUAUGUUCUGUGCCAUUUUAACUAUCAAUCUCAUUUAGUGACUGUGUGUAUGUCACAUUUGAGUCCCUUGCCGUUUGGGUCAAAAGUAGAUAAACAUACACAGGAAAAAAUAGAUUAGCCUGAAGGUACUUUAUUAUGCAUACAGGCAUACUUUUUCUCUUACAGACAUACUUUUUCACCUACCAUGCUUUUUUUUUCACCUACAGGCUUACUUUCUCACCUACAGGCAUACUUUUUCACCUACAGGCAUACUUUUUCACCUACAGGCAUAUUUUUCACCUUCAGGCUUACUUUUUCACCUACAGGCUUACUUUUUCACCUACAUUCAUACUUUUCACAUACGGGCAUACGUUUUUAUCUACAGGCAUUCUUUUUCAUAUAUGCAUACUUUUUCACCUAUAUGCAUACUUUUUUUGCCUACAGGAAAACUUUGUCACCUACAGGCAUACUUUUUCACCUACAGGCAUACUUUUUCACCUUCAGGCAUGCGAGUACUGCCCAUGCAGAUUAGCAGUUUGUUCAGAAUUAUUUAUCAACACUUUUAUCAUAGAAGUAUUAUGGGCAAUACUUCCAUUUCACAGAACUGACAUAAUGUAAUAUAAGAACUAUUCAAACUGCUGUGAAUUUGCAUUACAUGGAUAGCAUAAGAUUUUGAAAACGAGGAGUCAAAUUACCCAUGUUUUAACAUUUAAGAGCUCAGAUGAAAUUUUCAAAACCGGUCGGCAUAUACAGAGUUGUUUUUUGUGUGCAUACAAUGUACUAGUCUCUUGUGCUUCAUAACAUAGCUGUAUGAUAUUGGGAAUUGAUUUAUUGACUACUGGUGUUUGAAAAAGUGUGUAAAAGUGAGGUUUGUUGGAACUGAAUUCCAUAAUGGUGUUGUUUUAUUAUUUUCACGUAGGAGUAACUUGUAAUUUCACUAGGUAAGCCACUUUGUAGUUAUAUCUCCUUAAAGUGAAUACUCCCUUUCAGCUGUAUGGUGUUUGAACUUCCCUCAUUUUUAUGCCCCCCUUCGAAGAAGAGGGGGUAUAUUGUUUUGCACAUGCGGGUCCGUCCGUCCAUAUGUCCGUCCGUCGGUCCACCAGAUGGUUUUUGGAUAACUCAAGAACGCUUAGGCCUAGGAUCAUGAAACUUCAUAGGUACAUUGAUCAUGACUCGCAGAUGACCCCUAUUGAUUUUCAGGUCACUAGGUCAAAGGUCAAGGUCACGGUGACUCGAACCACUAAAAUGGUUUCCGGAUGAUAACUCAAGAAUGCUUACGCCAAGGAUCAUGAAACUUCAUAGGUACAUUGAUCAUGACUCGCAGAUGACCCCUAAAGAUUUUCAGGUCAAAGGUCAAGGUCACGGUGACUCGAACCACUAAAAUGGUUUCCGGAUGAUAACUUACGCCUAGGAUCAUGAAACUGCAUAGGUACAUUGAUCAUGACUGGCAGAUGACCCCUAUUGAUUUUCAGGUCACUAGGUCAAAGGUCAAGGUCACAGUGACAAAAAACGUAUUCACACAAUUGCUGCCACUACAACUGACAGCCCAUAUGGGGGGCAUGCAUGUUUUACAAACAGCCCUUGUUUUGUUUAAAGAUCGUAGACAUUAGAACAAAAAGUUAUUUAAAGAAAACCAUCCACAAAUUUGCUGUUUACUUACCUGACGUUUGAGUAGUUUGAUGUAAUAUAACUUUCUUUUAUAAUUCAUAGUAUUUGUGCAUGUAUAUUGUAAAAUAUAACAGAAAUCAAGAUGAUUUUAUUUUACCAAUGCUUUUUUUCUCUAAAAAUUAAUUUAUUGCCCAAAUAUAUUGGUUUAGCGGAUGGAAGCACAAACAUCGUAGAGCCAAAUUGGUGUAUUGGUUGAAAAAAGACAUGAAUAUAAACUUGUUUACUGGUUGGAAAAACAUGCUUCUCCAUUGCAAAACUCACCAAAACGAUGCCAUUUUGGAAGUCAGUUCCAUCUAACCUCACUUAAACACAGUCAACUCCCAUAUAAUGCAUCCCCCCUGUAAAGACUGUGAUUUUAAAUACUUUUCAAUUGUUUUUUUAAAUAUAUUUUAUUAACUCAAUAUUAAAUUAUUGAUUUUUUGUGCUGAUAGGUAGAUUAGUUAAGUUUUAAAAAAUAACACGAUACACACACAUUUUCUAAAAUAGAACUGUAAAAUACAGUUUGUAUAAUAAUAUUAAAAUUUGCAGUCAAAAGGUACAACUUUGUUGUACUUAUAAAUUGGAUUGAAGUCAGGAGUGUAUAAGCCAAAACUAUUGGGUAUAAGCCAGCAAACAAUGCUUAAUCAUAUUAUUUGAUGAUAAACAGAACAAAACGUUAAAGCCAUUAGGAUAAAUAUCAAAGCAAAUUGUAAAUUAUGAGGCACAAUUAAGAUAUUUUCUGAUGCUAGAUACCUAAUUUGAAAUAUUUUAAAUGUUUAAAAAUAUGUUUGAAAAUAGCAUUCAAACUUCAUUCAUUGUCUUGAAUUAAUCAAGACUGCUUUCUGAUUAAGUAUCACACCUUUAUGCUAUCUGAAUCAGUCGUUCAUUAAUGCUAGACAAAUCAAUGUUAAAUGUUUUUCAAAGUUUUAAGAAAACAUACUUAUUAGCAAUGUUGCUUUGCAUUUUUUGCCAUUUUACAAACAAGAGUCAAUUACAUGUCCAAGUAUCCAACCAUAUAUGUAUUUAGUUUUCUGGUUGGCAUGUGGAUCAGUAAAUCUUCUUUAUCCCAUUUGUGCCUAGUGGACUUUCCGAUCCUUCUAUGUUGGAUCUAUUUAUUUCCUAUUUUUAAAAUUAUGGAUGUCUAGUAUAUUUAUUUCUAUAUAUAUUUAUAUUUAGAAUAUUUCUUACAGAAUUUUUUUUAAGCAAACAGCACGGACCCUGAUGAGACGCCACAUCAUGCGUCGUCUCAUCUGGGUAUAUGCUGUUUGCCAAGGAAAUUUUUUCUAGACGCUAGGCAUAAAUGGGUUCAUCGCAGCAUAUAUUGCAUGAUCUCAUUUAAUUGAGUUGGUUUAUGUUUUGUACUGUAAGUUGUAAUUUUGUGAUCUGUCAAUCUUGCAAAUAUUGUAAAUUGGCCCUCAGGGGAACAAAGUCACUUUAAUUUGGAUUUUAGGUAUUAACAUUAUGAUGAAUUUGUUUUUUUUUCUUCUGUUUAGUGCAUUUGUUUCAAAACUAAAAAAGAGCAUUUG